AUGAUGUCGUCUCUGUGUUUCGUUCAUCUUCCGGUUGGCCAUGCGGCCUUUCUCUGCCGCAUGGAUCUCGUUUUAGAAGCACGGUUGAGGAAAUUGCACCGCAGGAUCGCUGAACCGGAGAACUUCUGGCGGGUCUAUCGCCCUUCGAUCACUCUAUACAGAGAAGAUUGUGAGAGUUUCUCGCCUUGUGACUUCUCUCGUCUUCUCUCUCCCUCUCUCUCCCUCCCUUACCUCUCCAUCCUCAACACGUCUCUUCGACUCCGCCCUCCUUGUCCUCGUCUCGGUCCACCAAAGCUUCGUUCCAAAGUGCUUCACAAGCGUCCCUUGUCUCUCUUCUCUUCUCGUCAGCUCAUCGAGGCCUCUGAAGCAUCUCAAAACUGUGAAACCUAUAUUCCGGUGACCUCUCGACUGAGAGAGGACAGGUCUCCAAUCUUCACGAUGAAGCAUUGGCAGAUGGCCAGAAGAAAGUCAUGGUCUGAAGAAGACACGUCCCCUGAGGACUCACCGAAGACGCCCUUGACCCCCGAUGGUGAAAGCUUCAAAGUGACCCUGUUAAACCUGUCAGAAGAAAGCCUCUCGAACGUCCCAGAGACACAAGAAAUCAUUGAACGCCUUGACACCGAGUCUGAGGGAUCUGAAGAGUCUGUAGCGUCCGAUCUGGAAGAGAGACCUGUGCCCGGCCUCGUGCUUCGCCCCGGCUGGAACAUCCUUGACUACCACCUCUAUCUCCUCAGCAACGAGCGUGACCGAGACGAGCACGUCCGGAAGAACAGCAUGUACAUUUUUGAUGGGACCGAGUGUACCAUACGUUCUUAUCAAGAACUCUUCGACCACGAGGUGCUGGCUCCUUUCAAUGUUGGCGACGAUCCUCAGCUGGUGUUCAACAUCCUGCCCAUCAUUAACCGGGACGCCUUGGAAUGCCAUGCAGGCUAUAUCCUGGGGUACAGUCAUGUGAACAAGAUGUUGUAUGCUCGUUAUUUCGAGUGGAUUCCCCACAUCGAGGACCUGGACUUUGUGUGGGAGGAUGGGUACAACAUGUACGAGGUGACGAUCUAUGGAUUGCUUAACCUUCUUCAUGAUUGCUUCGUCAAGAAGAGUUUCUUCCCCGGCGAAGGCAUCUUGAGCGCGGGUUAUCAGCAAGAUCAUCACCGCCCAUCUCGAAGAUUUGACGAUCCCGGAAUGGAACUAGUCAUGACCAUUCUCUUCUGUCAAUGGAUCCGAGAUGCUGCCGAUCCGCUUUUUGGUCCCGCUUACUUGCGAAUCGGUAACCUCAAGGAGCAAGCCGCCUACUACGAGCAGCAAUGUCGCUUGAUGCUGCAGCGCGCUUCGGCUAGAGCGUGGUUCUACAUCCGUGACGGAUGGGUCCCAGAUGAUCUGGCACGCAACUUGGAACUCAAUGCGUGGACCAACGAUCUGUACACCUAUUGUGAUUCCAUGUUCGCAGAGAAUGGAAUUGACUGGCCCGCCCCUAGCUUGACGAAGUCAUCCGAGCUUCGAGAACAGUAUAUCGAGACUCACAAGGCCGAGAACUCCGCCGAUGUACGUUUCAACAGACUGUUUGACGCCACAGCGGAUGACAAUAACCCUAAUCCCGAGAGUGAGGCGCUCAAGGAGCUUACCGCCAUGAUCGGUCGAGAGCAGGCGCAUUACUUGCUGGACUGCGCCGCUAGCCAGUGCCUAGACAAUCUCGUGUCGAACGAAGGUGAGCAUAAUGAUGAUCAGCAUCACAAUGUGUCGAUAGAGUGGCUUGCCCGUCGUCUCGCAUACCUCACGUUAGACUACCCCGAACUGGAUAGUCCCACAAACCGCAGCCACUUCUGCGAACUUUUGAUGCGAAUGGGCGUGUCCAUGCAGCAACAGCCAGAGGAGCACCUGGCCCAGUUGCCGGUUCCUCCGCUCAACGGCGACUUCUGGAGAUUGGUUGUCAAUUCGUCCCAAGCCAACUCCUCGAGCGCUCGUCGUCUUCUACCCAGCCCGAUCAUUGAUUAG